AUGGCCAACAAGUGCUGCUGCUGGCAGGAUCUCCAAGGAGUUUUUGGUGAGAAGCCUCGGGUUCCGGAAUAUAAAGUUGUGUCUAUGCGUAAAUCUCCUUUCAUACUUUUGCACUAUGGGCCCUUUAAGGCCUGCUGGGACUGUUUGAUCCUUCUCGCCACCUUCUAUGUAGCAGUGACUGUGCCGUACAGUGUCUGCUUCAGCAGUGUGAAAGAAGAAGGUACUCAGAAUCCACGUAGCCCACCCAGCGCAUGUGAUCUUGCUGUGGAAAUCCUAUUCAUACUAGAUAUCAUUCUGAAUUUCCGCACAACAUUCGUCAGCCAGUCUGGGCAAGUGGUAUUCUCCUCGCGUCUCAUUUUCAUCCAUUAUAUCAGGACAUGGUUCCUGCUGGAUCUUCUAGCUGCUCUUCCUGUGGAUCUGCUCUAUAGCUUCAAAGUCAACAUAUAUUUUGGGGCUCACCUCUUGAAGACUGUUCGCCUGCUUCGGCUCCUACGCCUACUCCCACGAUUGGAUCGAUAUUCCCAGUACAGCGCAGUUGUACUCAGCCUCCUCAUGGUUGUCUUUGCUCUUCUAGCACACUGGGUGGCCUGCAUCUGGUAUUUCAUUGGUCAGCAAGAAAUUGAAAGCAACCAAUCAGAAGUGCCAGAGAUUGGUUGGCUUCAAGAGCUGGCCCGGCGUUUGGAAACCCCUUACUACAUGGGAAGGAAAAAUAUAAGCAGGCACUUGUCACUUCCAGAAAAUGACAGUGAAGACACUUUAAAUGAGACUGCUCUCGUAUUACUAGGAGGACCUUCUCCCAAGAGCUCAUACAUCACAUCCUUGUACUUUGCACUCAGCAGUCUAACCAGCGUUGGGUUUGGGAAUGUUUCUGCUAACACAGACACUGAGAAGAUCUUCUCCAUCUGUAUCAUGUUGGUUGGAGCCCUGAUGCACGCUCUGGUGUUUGGAAAUGUGACCGCUAUCAUCCAGCGCUUGUAUGCAAGGCGGUUCUUGUAUCACAGCCGUACUCGGGAUCUUCGAGAUUAUAUCCGUAUCCAUGGCAUUCCCAAGCCUCUAAAACAGCGCAUGUUAGAAUAUGUUCAGACCACGUGGGCAAUGAACAAUGGAAUUGACACUAAUGAGCUCCUGCACAGUCUUCCAGAUGAACUGCGAGCUGACAUUGCUAUGCACCUCAACAAGGAUCUGCUGCAAAUGCCACUGUUUGCCCUUGCCAGCCGCGGAUGCCUGCGUUCCCUGUCACUGAAUAUUAAACCCUUCUUCUGCACGCCUGGAGAGUAUUUGAUCCGACAGGGGGAUGCUUUGGAAUCUCUAUAUUGUGUGUGCUCAGGAUCCAUGGAAGUCCUCAAGGAUGGUGUUGUCCUAGCAAUAUUAGGUAAAGGUGACCUGAUUGGUUGUGAAGUCUCUUGUGAAGACACAGUGAUUAAAGCAAAUGCGGAUGUCAAAGCUCUGACGUACUGUGACCUUCAAGGGAUCAAUCUGAAGGGACUACGUGACACUCUGUCACUCUACCCAGAAUAUGCACACAAAUUUACAGGUCAGAUCGUACACCAGCUAAGCUACAACUUGGGAAGCAGCAGAUGUGAGCCAGAGACUCAAAUCCAUACCGAACACUCUUCGAGGACAGAUCUAUCAGACCAAGCUUCCUUAAAUGUGAAUGCUUCAGCACUCACCCCAAAGAACUCCCCCCUUCUCCGCCUCUCUCCAUCUCGAUAUUCUAGCUGCAGUCCACAACACAGAUCUCAGGAAGUGACACCAAGACGUACUCCUCACAGGGUGAGCACUACUGAACUUCAGAUACCACUGAUGUCACAAUCAAGGCCACCAGAUCUCAGCCCAAGGGUUGUUGAUGGCAUAGAAGAAACGACUGGUGAAGCUCAGCAAAAGUUUACAUUUUCUAACUGUAGCUCCUUUUCAAAUGCUCCAGAUAGUAUAUUCCUAACAUCAGAACCAAGAGCUACCGAAAGUAUGGACCGAUUGAGUCAAGCCGUAUCUGACCUUUCGUGCCAAGUACAGGAACUGAGAGAAGGCCUUCAGUCUCUUCGGCAUGCAGUUCACCUAUCUUUAAUGCCAUGCAAUACCUCACCCUGCUACCAUGGAGGAGACUUUCAUGCACACUGUGGCGGCAGCUUGCACUCUCCCAGUGAUGCAACAACUACCUGUCCUUCACUUUUUCAUCCUCCACGGGUAGAAAAGGCUUCUCAGGUCUGCUACAUUCAUAGUGCUUCCCCACCCUGCUCUGAGGGACAUCUGUCUUGGCUUUGGACACCCCCUACACCUCUAUGGUUGCACUGCACUGGGUUUGAGCAGAGGGACUUUAGCCAACCAGGCCCUUCCAGCCUCGUUGCAGAAGAGCACCAUAGUGCUACAGACCCUCACUCUGUAGAAAUGCACUUUAUGGCUCCAAACAGAGAAGGCAACACAGAUCCUGAAUACUGGCCCAGGGAAGAAGGAACAGGAAUGUAAAAAUGAACUGUAUGAAGUAUUAGAAGGAACAUUUUAUAAAUUGUUACUGCGAAAAAAGAGUGAUUGUAAUAUAAGAAAGCCACUUGCAAAAAGUGAACAGUAAAAGUUAAUCUUCCAUGAAGAUAUUCAGAUCUUUGUGAGCAGAACAGGAAUU